UGUCGCCAGUUUGAGGUGUUCAGAUAGGUCAUGCUUAAGCGGACUGUUGGCAUAUAUUUUUCCAUUCUUGUUGACAACAGUAAACGGCACGGAAAUGCCACUGUCUCACAACUCAGUUAAACCUCCGUUACAUGACCAAAUAACGGAGCUUCAGGUGAAAAUACAACUGCUCGAGGGCGACAGAACUGCACACUAUGAGCGCUCUCAGGCCACUAUCAAGAAUAACAAAGAGUACAUCGGCCGUCUGAGGUUGGAGAACAAAAAGUUGCACAAAAAACUGGCAGAAACUAAAGCUGGUGAUGAACGCAUCAUCAGAGCUGCUUUUCAUAACAGAGGAGUGGAGAAGGAUGCCUACCGCAACAUGUCAGGAAAGGCAGCCCUCACAAUGCUAGAGAAAAGGGUGCUUGGCAAGACAAAGCGUCUCAAUGCUCAGAAACACACCAACCAAACCUUCCAGCGGCGCCUUGAUGAGCUGAAAAUGGAAUACGAGAAAUUAAAACCGGAGGGCAGCAGCAGAACAAGGUCUACUGAUGCACGUGCUUUGGAAAAAGAGGAAGAUGCCAUGAAAAUACGUGCCCUGGAGAACAGUCUGAAGAAAACCCAGUUCAAGUAUAAGGAAGCUGAAAACAUAAUGAUUUACUACCUAAAACUGAAAAACCACUUACAGGAUGAAAGUCUGACUUUCCAGGGCCAGUUGGACAGAAUUGAAGCAGAGAUCUUGAAGCAAAGGGAGGAGCUUCACAACCUGCAUCUCGUGAAAAAUGAAGCUCAGCUCUCCAAAGAAGCUGCUAAAGCCGAGUUACAGCGGCAGGAGGAGCUGCUGUACAAGGAGCGAAAGGAGAGAGAGCGUAUAAUAGAAAGUUACAGGAAGAAGGCUGGAGAGCGCAAAGCCCAAGCUGAGAAAGUUGAUAGAAGGGCUCAGAGAACAACAAUGCAGCCAGACGAACUGAACAGCGAGACCCAGCGUAGCACAACUAGGAUGGCAGGUGAAGAGGAAAAAGCCAUUUCUACCUUUGAGGAGGCCUUUAGACGCAUCAAGGAAGCCACUGGGGUCACAGACAUGCAGGAGAUUGUGGAGUGCUUCAUCUCUCAGAAGGAAACACAUCAAAAUCUGGUGAAGCUAAAGAGAGAAAACGAGGAGGUCCUGGUGCAGCUGAAAGGAAAGAAGGAGCUUCUCGACCAACAGUUUGAGGAAAUUAAAUAUUCCGGAGAGGCUAAACUCUCAAGUGAGCAACGGAUGCUGGAGGAGUGCGAGCAUAAACUUAAGGCUCAGCAGCAGAGGUGUGGCACAGCCAAAGAGCGCCUGGAUUGGCUGGUGAAAACCCUCAGUACUGUACGAGCUGGAGUUGAGCACCUGGUAGAAAAACUGGAACACAUUGCACUGAGUGAGGACACAGUUACUAAAGUUCAUCUGGACUCAGAUGAGUUUGUGAUGGCACUGAUGCAUCAGUGCGAGCUGAAAUUGCAGUUACUAAACAAGGAGUUUGAAGGAAUGGAUUUGGCUGCUAUUGUGAAGGAGAUGGAGGAAGAUGAGUUCUAUGUCAGGAUUGAGGGGAAGCCAAUUGAGUAUAACCAAGUCAAACUAUCUGAGGACCAGAAGCUAGAUCUCUUCAAUGACGAGGACGAGAGCGAAGAAGACGAGGUUGACAUUAUCUCACGUGAAGCUCUAAAGCGUCAAUCUCAGCUCCUCAUUGACUCCAACUCUAAGAAGAAGCCCUGGAAGAAAAAAAACAGCAAGUUCUGAUCCAGCCAAAGGAACA